AUUAGUUCCCAGCGCUUGCAGGAACCCAAUGAAAUUUAGUUAGUUUACCUUUACGCGCAAACGCUGAGGUGAACUAACCAGGGAAAAGAAAGGAUCUUGCCGCCGGAAGAAUACCCCUCUCCUGGAUCCGAUGGCUUACUUUUCAAGAAAGGGGCUGAUCUGAGGUUUAGCUAAGCACAGCACAAGCGUAUGUCUGGGAGGAAAUGAGACGGGCGGCUGGCGCUCUUACUUCAGCGCUAGGAAUUGCCAUCUUCCAGCGGAGCUGCGUACGGGGAACAAUCUCACAGCGGCUCCAACCCCGUUGGGUAGAAGCAGUGAACGCAUUUUACUCCGUCCGUUUUCAGUCAUCAAAUACAAAGGAUGGUGUCCUCCAAGACAAGCGUAUCAAGAUCAUGGCUAGAGGGCUUCCGAAGCAAAAGCCGAUUGAAGGAGUUAAGCAAGUGUUGCUUGUAGCUUCUGGUAAAGGGGGCGUAGGAAAGUCCACAACGGCUGUAAAUGUAGCCCUUGCAUUGGCAGUAAAUGAGCCGACAAAAGCAGUUGGGCUGCUUGAUGCAGAUGUAUAUGGGCCAUCCAUACCAAAAAUGAUGAAUCUGAAAGGAAAUCCAGAAGUGACAUCAAAAAACUUAAUGAGGCCUCUUGUGAACUAUGGAAUUGCAUGUAUGUCUAUGGGUUUCUUGGUGGAAGAGACUGCACCAAUUGUCUGGAGAGGACUCAUGGUAAUGUCAGCUAUAGAGAAAUUACUGAGACAGGUUGACUGGCACCAACUGGACUAUCUGGUAAUUGACAUGCCACCAGGGACAGGAGAUAUUCAACUGUCAAUCUCACAGAAUAUUCCAGUUGCAGGGGCUGUAAUUGUGUCUACUCCACAGGAUCUAGCUUUAUUAGAUGCCCAUAAAGGAGCUGAGAUGUUCAGAAAAGUGAAUGUGCCAGUAUUAGGCCUUAUACAGAACAUGAGUGUUUUUCAGUGUCCAAAAUGCAAACAUGAAACCCAUAUUUUUGGAGCUGAUGGUGUGAAGAAAUUAGCCAAGAAUAUCGGUAUAGAUAUUUUAGGUGACAUUCCACUACAUGUUCACAUAAGAGAAACAUCUGAUGUUGGCAAACCUAUUGUCAUUUCACAGCCCCAGAGCAGUGUGGCUCAAGCCUAUUUGAAGAUUGCCGCUGAAAUAGUGAAAAGACUGUCACUUUUUCCAAUUUAAAACCAUCAAUUUGAAGACCUGGGACUUGAAUUUUAUCAUUGAGAUGUGACUUAAGAUGUAGCAAAAUAAAUAACAUAUUUGAUGACUAUGUAUUAUGGAAAGUUUUACAGUUACAUAUUUUAAUAUCCAUACUUAUCUCCUUUAAUUUCAAUAAGUUAAGGAUAGUCUUCCAGCAGUUAACAACAAAGAAUCUUGUGGUAAUGUAUUGUUGAAGGCUUUCACGGCCAGAAUACGAUGGCUGGUGUGGGUCUUCCGGGCUGUGUGGCU